GGACGCGCGGGGCGCUCCGGGGAGCAGCGCCGAGCUGCGGCGGCGGGACUCGGGCCGCGGCGGCCGCGAAGGAGCAGAUACAUGAGCAACCCUAAGAGGCAGCUGCUAUUACCGUCCCCACUUUACAGGACCACCUGGAAAUUCUCAGAGGAGCAAAAGAAGAGCCCUGGCCUCAUUCCAAAGGAGUCCCCCUAGAAAGGUGCUGGCCCAGCCAGGCUGCUGCAUAAAAACCUUGGAAAAAACAAGUGUGCUCCAAAAUAAGUGGGUGUUUGCACCCAGAAGGGGGACAGUGGAGUGUCCCCAGGAAAGCUGCCUGCUCCAGAUCUGGAGGGAGGAGGCAGGAGGCGGUUCGCAGCCCUGGACACAGCUGCCUCGGCAUGUGGGCAUGUGCGAGAGUGAACGGCAUCUGAGCCCAUAACAUGACCAUGAAAUCAAAAGUUGAGUUCCCUGGAAGCCCAGUCUCCGUGCCUGGAACAGCGGCCACAGAGCUUUUGCGCCCGCUACACAUCUAGCUUUGUUGUAUUGAAACAUCAGAUGGACAGUAGGGCCCUGGACUUCGCCUGGCACACAGCAAGUGCUCGGAAGGGUUGGUGGAAAGGGGCUCACAGCCUGAGUCCCCGGGAGCCAUCCUCUCUCCCCCGCCCUCUGUAGAAGCCUGGGGGCCAUGCAGAGGCCCGGGGCAGGGGGCCGGAGGGCCUCGGACUGCGGCCCCGCCCCUCACCGGCCCAGGUGCAUCACCAAGUUCGCCCAGCAGUACGUGGGUUCCUUCCCCGUGGACGACCUGGAUACCCAGGAGGGUGUGUGGCUCGUACAACAACAGUUGUGGGCACUGAAGGAUUAUCCCCGACGUCGGGCCGUCAUCCUGAAAUUCAGCCUUCAGGGUCUUAAGAUCUACAGCGGGGAGGGCGAGGUGCUCCUGAUGGCUCAUGCUCUGAGGCGCAUCCUCUACUCCACCUGGUGCCCAGCUGACUGCCAGUUUGCCUUCAUGGCCCGAAAUCCCCAGAGCCCAGCCAGCAAGCUCUUUUGCCAUCUCUUCGUGGGCAGCCAGCCUGGAGAGGUCCAGAUCCUGCACCUGUUGCUCUGCCGUUCCUUCCAGCUUGCUUACCUCUUGCAGCACCCUGAGGAGCGGGCCCAGCCUGAGCCCAGCCUGGGGGCUGCAGGGGACAUGCCCCUGAAGCCACAGCCCAGCCCCGGGGGGCCCUCUGGCCUAGUGCGGGAACCCUUCAGCCGGGAUCAGCUCUCACAGAACGUUCACGCACUGGUCUCCUUCAGGCGGCUGCCAGCAGAGGGGUCUGUGGGCAGUGGGAAGGAGCUACCAGAGUCAGAAGGCCGUGGGGGCGCCCGCCACGCCCGCCUGGGGAACCCUUACUGCUCGCCCACACUGGUGCGCAAGAAGGCCAUUCGCAGCAAGGUGAUCCGCUCUGGGGCUUACCGCGGCUGCACCUACGAGACUCAGCUGCAGCUGUCAGCUCGGGAGGCCUUUCCUGCAGCUUGGGAGGCGUGGCCCCGGGGGCCUGGUGGCCGGGCGUGCCUGGUGGAGAACGAGGGCAGCCUGACGGAGAACAUCUGGGCCUUUGCUGGCAUCUCCAGGCCCAGCGCCCUCGCCCUGCUGCGGAGAGACGUGCUGGGCGCCUUCCUGCUGUGGCCCGAGCCGGGCGCCAGUGGCCAGUGGUGCCUGUCGGUGCGGACACAGUGCGGCGUGGUGCCCCACCAGGUCUUCCGCAACCACCUGGGCCGCUACUGCGUGGAGGUCUGGGGACCCGGCCUGCCCACAGGUCUCCAGGGACCGGAUGGGUGCACUUAUUACAAGCUGAAUGCCUCAGUCCUGUUCAGGCUGGCAGGAGAGGAGAGGAGACAGUGUCUGGCUCUGCGCACCUGCCUGCCGAGUUUGCCAGCCUGGAGGCCCUGGUGGAGCACCAUGCUGGAACCGAGCGCAGCCUCUUCUGCUCCCUGGACAUGGGCCGUCUGAACCCCAGCUAUGAAGAGCAGGACUGUGGGUCUGAGGGCAGACCCCCCCGGACACUGCGGCCCCUGGGCCAUGCCAAGUCCGAGGCAGAGCUGCAGGGCCUGGGCUAAGAGGUAGCCCACUGGCCCUACUUCACCCUGGCUUCUGGGCCUCACUUGGCCGCCCUGCCCUUCUGCCACCCUGCUGGUCCCCAGUUCCAUCCAGUCACUCUGCCCCUUGGACCAGCUUUCCAUCACUUCACUGCCUGUGGUAGGAGGGGAGCCCUGAUGCUGGGGAUUGCCAGUGGCUUCUCACAAGACAGGUGGCCCUGCCGAGAUUGUAGGAGGGGCAGGCGGAGCUCCGGGCUUCCCUUAACUUGCUGGGUGACUUUGGAUGCUUGUCUCUGGGCCUCACUUUCUCCUAAGAGGGGAGCUUUCUGAGGUGGACAGGAAGGUUCGAUCAUGAGGGAUGUGGCCGUCUUGUAAGGAGGCCAGGCCUCGGGGCCCUGACUGGGAGUCUUCCGAGAGUACCUGACUGAGGGAGGGAGCAUGUCUGGGGAAGCAGAAGCAUGAGGGACAUGAGGGAGCAUGUCUGGGGAGGCAGGAGCAUGUCCUCACUGCGGGCAAAGACCUGGGGGCGAGCCCCUUGUCCAUGGGAGAAACAGAGAGACCCUUGGAGGAGCUGAUGGGCAUGGUGGCUGGGCCGAGCUGUACCCAGGCUGACAGACACACAGCCUGUUUCUCACAUCACGUGAGGUAAGGGAGUCUUGCAUUGAAUUCUGAGGAAUGAGGGUUAGGAGGGCACAAAAGGGCAGGCUGGCGGGCACAAAAGGGCUGUGCCCGCCACAAGGCCACACACAGACGUGUGUGUGAAAGGGACGUGAAAGGACAGGGAAAAGAAUCCCUGUGCUGCUUAGAAAGGCUACUUUGUCUCCAAUCAAAUCCACAGGGUGGUGAUUCCUGCCUUCUGGAGAGGGAUGCCCCAGCCUCAUCCCCUCCCCCACAGCCCUGAGGACCACCAAGACGGGGACCUCCCCCAACCUCUGACCCACACACGGGGUCACUUUCUUCAUCCAUUUGACUGGGAGGGGCCAGCAGUGAGCCAUAGGAGUAAGGGGUGACGAGGGUCCUGUUCAACUCAUCCUGCAGGCCGGUCUGGCUUUAGGGGCUGCCUGGGAAGCCACCGGAUUCUGGCCCACUUCCUAUGCUUGUCAGGGCUAGCUCACUGGCCUGCCCCACUGGGGAUGGGGUCAGAGUAGAACCAUCCAAAGGUAGAACUGAUGUGGGGCCCUGCCAGAGGGCCCUUGGCCUCAGCGGGGAGUGGGGGUAAAGGGAAAUGACUCUGAUCUAAGGCGUUGGCCCUGCAGUGAUUGACAGAUCCAGGUGCCCCCCCCCCCUUUAAGCUCGACAGAUGGACACAAACACCGAAUUAUUUAGGGAGCAAGUUCACUUUGGAUGAACUUCUAUUUCUGAGGCAGAGGCCGAGUCACGAAUCUGGGGGCUGCCCUCUCCCCCUUCUAGGAGUGGGAUGUGACUGUUCUGAGCCUUGAAAGAUGGAUUUCUGACUCCUGGAAGGGAGAGGGGGUGCCUAAUGGGAGAGAAAGAAGGGAGGCUCCUCAGGAAGUCAGGCCCCACAUACCCAGCUUAUAGCCUCCCGCCCAGGAAAUGGUCUGGCCUGGGGACCCUGUCACUCUCGUUACAAGGGACAACAGGAGGCAGCUGGCCUUUGGGGGUUCUUCUCAUUGGAACGACAGCACUGAUUUUAUAUUGAACGUGAGUGGGAACUGGGACUCAUUUUACAGCCAUUUCCAGCAGAACUGAUGGUCCCUGGUCCCCUGGGAGGCCCGGUCUCACCUUUCCCUGGCAAGCAGAGAGGUUUGCUGACACAGUGUCCGGAAUUACAGCAUCCGAGACAUGUGUUCAAGACCUGGUGACUGGCCCAGGCUGAGGAGGCCAAAGCCUCCCUCGGUGAGAGAGGGGUUUUGCCGUGCACACCGUCCAUGUGGACAGGGCAUCAGGAAUGUUCUCAAAGCACGUUACCAUUCCUUCACACAGUAUUCGUCACGUGGUAUGCACAGGGCAAGGGUCUUGACUCCUGUGCAGAUGCUUCAGUGUCUUAAUCAUAGAUCAGUUUUCUCUUUGUUCCAACGGGCACCACCUGGGUAGCCAGCUCUCCUCACUGUGUGGACUUGAAACAAAUAAAAUGCGUUUCUUCAGA